UCCCGCCACAAUUUCACACUCAUCCCUUUCUCCCCCAAAAUCUCUCUCUCUCUCUCUCUCUCUCACACACACACACACACACACGCAGUAAUACACACACACACGCAGUCAGCUUCGAUGAAGGAGCAGAUUAUCGCCGAUGAGAAAUCGGACGGUCUGGAUAUCGUUUCAAUCGGAAAGUUAUACGAAGGUGCAUGGGAGAAGAAGUAUUGGAGUUCAUCUAGGGGUAAAGACAGGUAUCCAUAUCCAGUUGGAUAUGUAGCACUUCGGGCGAAUAACGGGAAUACCUACAAGAUGGCAAUCUUUGAGGGACUUAAAGGACCUGAAUUUGUGAUUAGUUCCACGGACGGGCAAUCUUGUUCUGGUCAAACUCCAGAUAUUGCAUGGGAGGGCUUUCAAAAGAAGAGCAGUGUCCGCAUAAAGUUUAAACGAGGAAAGAGAUUUUCGUGCAAGAUAGAUGGUGCGGAGCUUUUUGGGUUCAAAAAUCCACAUGUCAUGAGGUUACUGCGGGGUUUGAAGGCAAACGUCAGCCAAAUCACACCGAAAGAUUCGCCAUCUUUGUCUUUUGGCAAUGGACAGCCUGAAGGAACGCAUGAACAUCAUACUAAACAUCCUGAUUUGCAAGUGAAUUUGGUUAAAAGUCAGGGUAAAGAGAAAAAAAGUAACAAACGUAAAGAAAAUAAUGUGAAAUCAGUUAGUGGGCCUGGACUUAAAAGAGAGCGACCUCCAGAUUUGACACAAGGUGGUCAUGUACCACAUUGCAGGGGGACUUUUGAAGAGAAUCAUAACAAAGGGGUUCUUUCAAGUUCGUCAAGUUUAAAUGAAAAUAAUACAUCUCAUCUAGUAUCAACUGAAGAAGGGAUGCAAGUUGAUUCCGUUAUUUUAUCCGACCAUCGUGAAAAAGAGAAAUGUCUUUCUGUUCAAGAAGCAAUCACUGAAGAAGGUGCCAAGUUGUUAAAAGGGCAGGAAAAUCAUGACCUGUCGAUGCUUAGCCGCACUCCAGGGUUCACUUCUUCAAAAACAGUAGACGUAAAGGGAGACCCACCACCUCAAAAAGAAUCAAAGAUGUUGGAUGAUGUGGACCUCUAUGCACCGGAUACUUUGGAUAUAACCUUAGACAGUGCAUGCAAUUUGGAGGUGGAGAUCCCCAAAGAAAGUACAUGCACAUUCAAUGACAAGCUAAACUCUACCCAAAUUUUAGUUUCCGAAAAAUGUGUAACCGACUCUUAUUCAGAAAAGAGUGAUUCGGAUCCAGUUGGACAUGAGAUAUCCGACUCAAUGAUGGCAUUACUACUUCCGCGAGCUCUUCCUCUGCUUAAGACUUUUUCAAGAAAGAAAAAGAAAAAUAUUGAUGAAAUGUUCCAGAAGAGAAGUAAGGAGGUUGACCAAUAUCCAAAAGAUGAACCUCCAGCCAAAUCUUCUGAGCAUUUGGAAAAGCUCAGUGGUGAAGUUCACACACCAGACCAACCUUCUACCGUAAACUUUACAUUGGAGAAGCAGAAUGAAAGUGUGCUCAUCGCAAGUACAAGUACGGAUUCAGUUGUACCUGGUUUAGAAGAUUCAACAACUGUUGCACCCGAUAGUUUCGAGAAUGGGCAGUUUGAAGUCGUGGAUUGCUCAGUUCAAGAUGCUGUUAAAGCUGAUCAAAAUACUUCCAGUAUAGAUUUAUGCAUCCGUGAAGGGCUCGAUGACGAAGUAGAAGUUAGUGUUGGCAGUGUAUCUUCUAUGCUAACUGUUGAUGCAUCAGUUUCACCGCAUCAAGAGGCAGAUGGUUUGAUUUCAGUUUUGCAGGGUCAAAGAAAAAAUCAACAUGACAAGACUAAAACGGUGCACAGUGGCGAGGAAGCUAAAGUGGUACGAAAUGAUGAGCUAGAGAAUAUCUUUGAACUUGUGGGUUGCUAUAUGCUUCCAACUCCAAUUUCAAUGACAAGGUUGAGAACAAAAGGGGAUGAGGUGUUUGUAUGUGUUUUAUGUGGCUAUUUGAUGGAAAAUGAAAGGACAUUGUUCAUUUACAAGGUGUCAGUUAAAGAAGAAACCAGAGGAUGCCCUUCUUUUAUUGGUCACACAAGAAUUAUUUCACUGACUUCAAGGAAUGCAUCUGGUAGACAAGUUCCUUUGGAUAGAACUAGUUUACAGUUAACUCCAGACGGAAAAUCCCUUGUUUUACUGAAUAGCAUUAAAGCUCCUUACUGCAGGGAGGGAAGUGUGAACUGUGGGUGUUCAAUGUGUACUUCAGAUUGCUUCGAGAACAAUGCAGUAAAAAUUGUGCAAGUAAAACUCGGCUAUGUUCAAGUAGUAUGCAAACUGCAAACAACUAACGAUGUGUGCUGUAUGUUAGUGUGUGAACCGAGUUAUCUUGUUGCUUCUGAAGAGAGUGGGAAAAUGAACUUAUGGACCAUGAACUCAUCAUGGAGUGCACCAACAGACCAGAGCUAUUUGUCAACGUCUGAUUGCAUGCCUAAUUGUAUUGUUGAGAUGAAGAGAAUACCGAAUUUUCCAGCUCUCAUCAUUGGUCACAGUGCAUACGGGGAUUUUUACUUGUGGGAUUUAACAAGAAGAACCCUUGUGUCCAAGUUUUCAGCUCCAAGAACUUCAUCUCAACCAUUCAUUCCGAUCAGUUUAUAUAGGUAUCCUACUCAAGCUUUAUCCACCUCAGAUGCUUGUAGGAAGAAGCAAGUAGAAGACAUCAUGGAAGAAACACAAAGGUGGUCUUUAGAAACCGACAACCAUGAUUCACUUCCAGUAAACGAAGAAGAUCUUUCCGUUGUUCUUCUUGUCUCAUUCGUCUCAGAUUUUGAUCUUUUUGAUGAAUAUUCACGUAAAGAUUCGGGUGUCAGUCCAGCUGGAUCCUGGAGCCUAGCAUUGUUGGCCAAAAAUAAACUGGUUUCAGAAAAUGCUUUGGAUCCAAGUGCCACCAUAGUUGGUGCAUCAUCAGGUUACGGAAUCAUAGGUACACGUGACGGUUCUCUUUACAUCUGGGAAUUAUCCACUGGUACCAAGCUCGGUUAUCUCAGCCAUUGCGCAGGAGCCACGGUGUCAUGUUUGGCGGCUGAUGACUCGGACUCUGGCGUUUUUGCAGUGACUGUUGACGGCAACCAGCUGCUGGUAUAUGCUCCUGUAUCAUUGGCAAAUAAAAAACACGAGUAGACGAGGUUUUUUUUACCUCACAAUUAUGUUGUGUAUAGUUCUCAUUUGAAAUACAGUAUUUUGUAUGUAGCAAAAGUAAAAGAAGAAAGAUUUACAUUGUUUACCUGCUAUAUCUAAAGUGGUUAAACGCGCGGGUUGAUGGGUUGUGUUAA